ACAGACAGAAAGUCGAGUGAUCGUCGGCAGGCCACCAGCGAAGUUGUCAAAUAACAGUUUAAUACAGUGUUAUAUUUUAUUAACCAAAUAAGCUGAGACCAGCGUUUUAUUAUAGCCAGUAGGUAUUUCACAAGGCACGCCAUGUCAACCCCAGCUAGAAGAAGACUAAUGCGGGAUUUUAAACGGCUACAAGAGGAUCCUCCAGCUGGUGUCAGCGGUGCUCCAUCUGAAAAUAACAUCAUGGUGUGGAACGCAGUCAUUUUUGGCCCUGAAGGCACUCCCUUUGAGGAUGGUACAUUUAAACUCAUUGUAGAAUUCACAGAAGAAUACCCCAACAAACCCCCCACAGUCCGAUUUGUGUCAAAGAUGUUUCAUCCAAACGUCUAUGCAGAUGGAAGUAUAUGUCUAGACAUCCUACAGAAUCGUUGGAGUCCCACUUAUGACGUGUCGUCUAUUCUCACAUCUAUCCAGUCCCUGCUCGACGAGCCGAACCCCAACAGUCCUGCCAACAGCCAGGCGGCUCAGCUGUACCAGGAGAACAAGCGGGAGUACGAGAAGCGCGUGUCGGCCAUCGUAGAACAAAGCUGGAGGGACAGCUGACCUGGCCGUCCCCACAGCCGCUCUCGCCAUUCUUCAACUGUGUGCUGCAAAGUUUUAGUGGAGUUCCUCCUAAUUUCUCCUCCAUUUUCAAAUUCAAGCUUUUAUGCACUUUACCUUCGACUUUACCUUCAUAGAAAUUUUCUCUCUCUCUCUCUCUCUUCCUUUCCCACCGAGAAGAAUUUAUUAUUUUUCUAUUCUAGCCUCAUUUUCCAGUUUAUCAGGGGAAAUCUGCUGAAUCUUGCCUCCUGUGUUUCGUCACCAUGGACUCGAGGGCCAUUACUCAGUGAUUCUGUUGUUCUCACUUGCUGUUAAGACCCCCCCCAUCAUGUCAAAGUGUCUCCGACGGCGCGUCUCGUGUGGCGCGCCUGGUCGCUUCUGUCGGUUUGUUUUCACGAGGCAGCGGGAGGAGGAGCCGCCGGGGGCGUGGCCCACUCAGACAUCUCCACACCGAGUCUUUUACCGUGUUGUGUGAACUGUUACAUGCAUGACGGAGUGUUCACGAUCCUCUUCAGUUCUUGUGUAUAUAAAGAAGCCUGCAACUGAAAUUAUGUACAGAUUUUGCACUGGUUUGUCUCCCAUGUCACUUUUUUCCAGUACUUGUAAAUAAAAAGAAAAGGCAGUUCAUCCUUUAA